UGCCCGGAUGUUAGCUGUCCAGAGAAAGACGAACGGGAAAGACAGGGGAGAGGCGGAGAGGCGAAGGGGAGCCACGGACACACCGGCAGAGGGACAGCUAGUCUCUAACCUGCGAUAAACCUACAGAGUUCAGUCACUUUCUGACGAAGAGAGAAGAAGCUCUUUUUUUUUUUUUUUUUUUUUUUUUUUUUUUAAAAACCCGAAAAGGAAGGGGAGGGGACAGUUAACUUUGACUAACCUGGACUGCUUUGCUCAACAGGACACCCGCCUCUGAAAUCCCCGGCGCUACAAGCUUGGAUAGUGAUCAGUACUAAUAUAAGGCUCCUGCUGGACGAUAAUGGCAGGUCAGCAGUUUGCACCAGCGAUCCUGUGUUCUGAAUGAGUCAUGCUGCCUGCCACAUGAUGUGUGACUUCUGCCAAUUUUGACCUGGAAUCUGCUGAGGCGCCUGGGCUCCAAUCUGAAGGAGCUUCUGCGCUUGCCCCCAGUCUUCGCCCAACCUUCAUCCGCUCCAUCCACCAUGACCUCGGAGCUGGAGAGCAGUUUAACCUCCAUGGACUGGCUGCCGCAGCUGACCAUGCGGGCAGCCAUCCAAAAGGCUGAUGCCCAGAGUGCCCAUGGCCCAGGCAUGGCCAAGAAGAGCGCCCUGCUGGACACCAACACUACGCUGGACCAGGAGGAGGUACAGCAGCACAAAGAUGGAAAGCCACCAUACAGCUAUGCCAGCCUCAUCACGUUUGCCAUCAACAGCUCGCCAAAGAAGAAAAUGACCCUGAGCGAAAUCUACCAGUGGAUCUGUGACAAUUUCCCCUACUACAGGGAGGCAGGCAGCGGCUGGAAGAAUUCUAUACGGCACAAUCUUUCAUUGAACAAGUGUUUUCUCAAAGUGCCUCGGUCCAAAGAUGACCCAGGAAAGGGUUCGUACUGGGCAAUCGAUACAAAUCCAAAGGAGGACACGUUGCCCACACGGCCCAAGAAGAGGCCACGGUCUGGAGAACGGGCUUCCACACCCUACAAUCUAGAGUCUGAUUCCCUGGGAAUGGACUGCAUCAUUUCUGGAAGUGCCUCUCCGACACUGGCAAUCAACACUGUGACUAACAAGGUGGCGUUAUACAACCCAGACCAAGACGGAAGCGAUAGCCCUAGAAGCAGCCUUAACAACAGCCUGUCUGACCAGAGCCUGGCCUCAGUCAAUCUGAACAGUGUGGGCAGUGUGCACAGCUACACCCCGGUGACAAGUCACCCAGAGCCAGUGUCCCAGUCUAUGAGCCUGCAGCAGGCCCCCCAACCCCAGUACAGCAUCCCUGAGCGAGACAAGCAGCUCCUCUUCUCUGACUUCGAAGAUCUCAGUGCCUCGUUCCGCAGCCUUUACAAGUCUGUAUUUGAGCAGUCUUUCAGCCAACAGGGUCUGAUGGGGAUGCCAUCGGAGUCUUCCCAGCAGAGCCACACCUCUUGCUCCUACCAGCACUCCCCGAGCAGUGCCAUCAGCACCCACCCACACACCAGUCAGAACAGCAUCACCAACUCGCACCCCAACAGCAUCCCCAACAGCGGUGCACAGGUGCCCCUGUCGCACCCGUCUCACUCUGCCCACAGCUCUCCCCACACGCAGCACCUCUCUCAGCAUGGGCCACACACCCACGCCCAACAUGGCCAGCACCCCCACUCAGCACACACCCAACACCAGGCUCAUUCUCAACACACCCAGCACUCCCAACACACUCAACACUCCCAGCACUCACAGCAGCCCCAACAGCAUCAGAAUCUCUCUCACCAGCCCCAUCCAGCCCAGCAACAGAUGCCCUGCAGUACUGGUCUGCCCAGUGACUGGUAUCCCAACCUGGAUGCACUGAAGGAAAGUUGUCGCAUUGCCAGCAGCUACAACUGGGCAGAUGUGGACCUCUCACCCUUUCAAGGAUUGAGAGAGAGCAUGAGGCAGGCUGAGCUGAAUAACUGGUCUCUGGAGCCGACUCAGAUUGUGGACCUCUGUUCCUCCAUCAACCAGUUCUUUGCCCGUACAGGAGUCAUUCAGCCACAAGGGGCAGUGCAGCCACCCGUGUGCCAUGGCACCAUGCAUCCCGCCAAGCCCAGCCAGCACAUCAAUACAGGAAAUAUGUACAUGGACUCAAGACAGAGCAUGACCUCCAUGAUGGGUCCUCCGGGUUAUCCCCACAUGCCCCCCAUGAACAGCACAGGCAACACCAUGGCAGGUCAUCAUCCACAGAUGAACCAGCAGCACAUGAUGCCUACUGGAAACUUCCCGAUGCGCCGCAUGCCUGCUGACGACAUCCAGGACGACUUUGACUGGGACUCCAUUGUCUAGCCCCGUCCCUAUAUGAGAAAGGUGGUGCAGGCAAAAUAAGAGAGUCGCUUGGAAGAAGAAAAGAGUGUGUAUGUGUGCGAGAGAGAGAGGGCUAGUCCCAAGAUAUCUGCAUGCCCCAAGGCGGGAAGCAGUUUGGAACAGGGCGCUUCAAAAAGUGCAGGUGUCGUUAAUAUGAGCUGAAAGAGACUCUUGUUGUCCUGGUGUUUUAGGAAAUGAAAACAAAAACAAACAAAAGUUACUUUGAAGACAAUCACGUUUACUAGAAAAUGUUUAAGUGAUUGAUUUUGUACUUGUCCAAAGGACAAAGCUCAACUUCAUGUUAAAUGUAAAACCCCUUUUUCCAUACCUUUCUCUGUGGCACCAGAAACUCUAUUCAGUCUCCUAACUCCCUUUCUGCAAGUCAGCUAUUAGGCCAAGCUCUACCCUGCCCUUUAUCGUUUGUGUGGGAUUUUUUUAUUUUUAUUUUUUUUAUUAUUAUUUUGUGUGAUAGGUUUGGCUUGUUCUCCCCCUCUCAUCUCCUGGUGCAGGCCUAAGCUGCCUUGCGGCUCUCAUUUGUGAUGCGAUAUCCCCUCUGAAAAUGCAGGCCACUUUUCAGACAGGAAAAGUUCUCAGCUCACUCUGUCUGCACAGCGGCGCAGUUUCUCUAGGUCUCUAUGAACUCCGGUGCUCCACGUUUCACCUGAGCCUUUACUGUAACUUGUACAAACAUCGUCAAGCAUCCAAAUCAGAUCUAGCGAAUGAUUAUCCUUUGUCUUUUUAAUGAACGAUGUGGCUCAUAAGAUGUAUGUAAAGUUAACUCCAUUACCUGCAGUAUUUGUACUUGUGUAUCUUUGCUGUCUGCGAUGUAUCAUACUCCUAUCACUGAUAUUUCUUAACAGUGUGAAAUGGUGCAUCUGGAACUGACAUUGAUUCAGACCUCACUUUUUAUUAAUCUCCUGUUCAUUUCUAUUUCACCAUCAGUUUCAUAUCUGCAUGUACAGUUGGUUUUCUUUGUUGAAUUCUUGCCAUUUCAUGUUGAGACUGUGCAGCUCUGACUGGUCUUGUUUAAGGCCUACUCCAGAUUUCAUGUAUUGUUUAGGAGAACUAGUUGCUCUUAGAAAAAAUGGCAGCAGAUAAAGCAGAGAGGACUGAGCUGCGUAGCUCAGCAAAACAAAGGGAUGGAAAUAAUGUCAUGACAUUUGCUUAAUGAAGCAUGCUUGUCUUCUAGGUUUUAUACCCUUGGACAUUUACCUACUUGCUGUUUUGCUGCUCCAACAAAGACUUGUGCAGAGAGAGUACUGGUAAUUGGUUUUGGAUCAAGAAUGUUGGGAGAUAGGGUAUAAUCUAGAGAGAGGACAUUGCAGAACUGUUUAAAAAAAAUUUAAAAAGGGACUUUUAUUUUCAUACAUGAGGAAGCCAUUCGUGACCCUGACUUAAAAGUCACUGAUGAAUAUUCACUCACUCCAUAGGUAAACACAGUGGUAAAAGCAAAAAUACCAAGGACUACACCCCAGCCAAACUAUUAUUUAUAUUCCAGAUAUUCCAGUUUUGCCGUGAGCAAUUUAGCAGGUUAAUUGUGCAAUAUUGUUAAUUAGGGCUAUAGAUUAUGAUCACAGUCAUUUCUAUCAAUGAGCACAAAGUUGAUGGGCAAAGGUGGGAAAAAUUUUAGAUUAGAGUAAAAUAGAUCUAGAUGCACAUUUGGGUUGUCAGUAUAAACUUCAGAACACCAAGCACUUUGCUUAAAUCAGCGUCUACUGAGCAGCCAUGAAAACAGUGAUUUGUAGAAGAAGCAUCACAGAUAUGUUAGAAGUCAUUGAUGUUGGUAGUGAUGGAGUGGAUCAGUGGGGUUGGUGUGUCACCUAGCCAUUUGAGUCUCCUUCUCCAGGCUCUAACACCUCUGCUCUCUGAAUUUGACCCUGCCCAAGCUAACCGCUUAUUUUUUCUUUAUUAAAUUAAUCUUACUAUUAAUGAGUGUAUGAUUACACAUUAGUAUUUGAUAUUUUGACAAGUUAUCAUGAGUAUGAUCUAUAGACAAUCAUGUUUUGUAUUUCAGUAUUACAGAAUCUACAGAUUAUUGUUCAUUUUAUGCCCAAUUACAUUUGGUUUUAAUGUUGGAAUGACUUAGGAAACCCUGUCUUUUAUAUGUACAUGAAUGUGUCUAUAUAAAUGAAAUGGGAUUUGAGUUCCACAAAUACUCUUCAUCCACUAAAAUUUUACAAACAAACUCCCUUCAUGAUGCCCAGUACCACUCUGAGCUGCAAUAUUUUCAGAGCCAUUAGCCUGCUUCUGUGCUUUUAUGUUUGCACGAGGCUGGUUAUGCACCUGAAGAUGCCACAGUAGAGACCACACACUGUCACAACACGUGCUCUUCUUUAAAGACCUCCAUAUGUAUUUGAUUGCAUACUGAAGCCCAUUUGACUCAUGCACUUUUAUGUGGGAAUAUUAUGCCAAUUAGGCAGGAAGUAGUUAUACUUGGACAUGACCAAGUAUUUUCUGGGGAAUUAUUAAGAUAGCUUAAUAUAUGAACAGACAUGUAUUAUUUUAAGUAAAACAUUAACACAGUGAAGCAGCAACAGAGAGAAAAGCUGGUCAAAGAAAAAGAAUAGAAAAAAUUGGAAACUUGAGCAAUUCAGAAAUGACUGGUGGUUUGUCAAAUGAGUGAUGGUACAGUCCAGCAUGCGUUACUUAUAAGUGAAUCACCAGCAGAUUCCGAGAAUGUGGCAUUAGUAGAAAGAAGUAGCCGGCGAUAAGCAAGCUCAAGAUUUUGAUGUGUAAAUUCCAUUAAAUCCAUAGAUUUGUAAUAUUCUGUGUAACAGGAUUUUCAUAUCAAUGAACAUGUACAUCCUGGAAAAAUACUGUCUGAAAGCUGUAAAUCCUGAACAUUGCCAGUAAAAGUGUACUGGCAGUGUAUCUGGGUUUCAGUGUGAAAGAGGUUAACACCAAGUUCACUCUAGUUAAUGUCACUUUAUUGUUGAUGAUAUUUUGUAAAACAAUAUUGCGUACAAUUUUUAAAAUGAUCUUUAAUAAUAGUCAUCCAGAACCAUGCAUUCAAAACAUUGUAUUUUGUCUCUAUAGUUUGUUGUAUGAGUCAGUGACCACACUGUACAUUUUUCCUCUCCAGUGUUUUAUAGACCAGCAUCCACUGUCCAUGUUUGAUUAUCAUUUUUCUUGUCUCAGCUCAUCUUGCCUUUUUUAAGUUAGGUAAUAUGUUUUGUAACUGAGUGUUACCCCUCCCAUUAUCCAUUUUCUGAAGCCCAGAAAGUGCUUUUAACUGCUUACUGGUCAUUUGUGCACUUUGAAAAUAAGCAGAUUUUGGAAGCACAACUGCAGCUGUUGUACAUGUUAGAAGAUGCUGUGAGUGGACAUCUCGUAUAGACCUUUGCCCUCAAAACAUUUUCAUUUGGCACCACGUUUGGGUAUUUGUCCUGAUAUGCUGCCCAAAAACAGACUUUUUGGAUAUAUGCUAUAGGUACUGUGACCCUGUACAUGAAAAUCAUAGACUAUGGCAAAGGCUUAUAGCUACAUUUUAAAGGCAGCAAGUGAUAGGUGUUCUUCAUAGUCGAAGUUAAAAGAAAGUCUGAGGACUGAGCUAACAGAGUGUAUGAAUACAACAAAUGUAGUAGUACUUAAAAAAAAUAAAAUAAAAAAAAAUAAAAAAAAGUAGUUGCUCCCUUUGUGCGAGUGUUGUGUGAAAGUUGUGUAAAGAAAAAUUCUCAUUUUAGUAAACAAGUGGAAAUGCACCUGCCAGAGAGAUUAUUAUAAAAGGGGACUGAAUGAGAAGCCUAGUUACACAUAAGGGAGAAAACUGCCAACAACAUAUGGUAUUUGAAGCCUAUGUUAUUAAUUGUUGGUGUGGUGUUGUGCUUGUUGUAAAUAUAUGUCUUUUCAAUUGUCCUUUUUUCUCUGGGGGGAGGGGCGGGGGAUGUGUUGAAGCAAGGUUUUGGGUUCACCUGCAAAAGAAAAGUGAGAAGCAUACAGAGUAUUUUGUUAUUGUCCAAUCCAAGGGUGAUACAAUAUGUAUAUAUCUAUAUUGUAUAUAUGUGCGUUGGCUUUUUGUGUGACACUACCUUUUACCUGUACUAUGGUUGAACAUUGUGUUAAUGUUUAUGUAUUUUAAUCUUUGUUUUCUGUUUGCUUUGUCCGUCAUUUCUUGUAUUUUUCUUUUUUCCCUUUGUUAUUGCACGGAUUAUUACUUUUGCUGUCCAACAAAAUGACACAGCUACUCCUUGUAUCGGUUUAGUGCUGUAACAUAACUCCAUGUAAAGUGUCAUUAGGAUUGUCAGUACAACCCCCCUGCCCCCCAGAUAUGCAUGAAUGGAAUUUAAAGAAAUAAAAUAUGUUAACUUCACUGUGGAA